AUGGCGGAUAGAAUGGGUGGUCGAGCGUCGUGCAACGACAGGUGUGGCCGUCCUUCCCCGUGUCCCGGUGGCAUGGCUUGCAGGAUAAGUGCACACCGACGGAGGAGACCACGAGCGGGACCGAUCACAAGCGAUUGUGGCUGCAAUCCAUGCACAUGCACUGUCACAGGGACCGGUAAGCCGUUCUGCAAAUGCGGGACGGGUUGCACCUGUGUUACUUGCACCUCCUGAACACGAAUCGAAUCAAAUGUCGGCGUUAUUAU